UCUAGUGAAGCCCAAACAUUUACUUAGAAAAUUUAGGGAGUUGAUUAAGUAAAAUGACUUUUGUUUCAAUUUUGCUCUAAGGAACAAAAAAUAUCCAAGUUAAAUUGUUUGGAUUAAUUUCCAGCAAAACUAUACUGAAGUGUAAAAUAAUGACAGGGACAUUAACAACAGCAGAAGAACAGGCUGUUAAAGAUUUUAUGACAUCUGUCAACGGCAUUAGACUCGGACAUCAUGUCGGUCCCUUAUCGUGGAACACCGCAGUCAAGUUUAUGAUGGCAAGAAAAUUUGAUUUACAGCGUGCUCUCCUCUUGUAUGAAGCUCAUGAAGUUGUCCGUCACAGAGAAGGCCUUGCUUCCUUUGAUCCAACCAGAGACCCUUUAAAGAGUGAAUUAGAUACAGGAAAGUUUACUGUUUUGCCUACCAGAGACAAGACUGGGGCAGCUAUUUCUGUCUUCACAGCCAGUAAACAUUUCCUAGAAAACACUUCACAUCAGAUAACCUUGCAGGGAAUGGUAUACCAGCUUGAUGUUGCUUUAGAUAGUUUGGAAACUCAGCGAUGUGGAAUAGUUUUUAUCUACAAUAUGACAAACUCGAAGUAUGCCAACUUUGACUAUGAACUAAGUCUAAAAAUCCUUAAUCUUUUAAAGGGGGCAUAUCCGGCCAGGCUGAAGAAGGUUCUCAUUUUAUCUGCACCAAUAUGGUUCAGAGCACCAUUUUCAAUACUUCGGUUGUUUGUACGAGAAAAGCUGCGAGAGAGGAUAUACAUGUUAGGGCCAGCACAGUUAACGCUGCAUGUUGCUCCAAGUGCACUUCCUCAAGAUCUGGGAGGUAGUUUAGAGGUUAAUCAGAAAGCAUGGCUUCUUCAUUGCCUCAAAUCCACAACUAAUCGAUACAGUGACCUGUGUGAUUUAGCAUCUCUUUCUUCUUCUUUCCCAUUGGUCCAAAAUGGUGUAAUUUUCCAUCCAUUGGAGAACUCGCACGUACAAAACGGUUUAUUUCGUAACUUUCUGAGCGAGGGCGAAAAUACUGAUGAAUCUAGCGAACAGCUCCACUCGGCUCAUGAGAAACAUAGUUCUGAAGAUAGGGAAAAGGAAGUCGAAGUCACUAAAGAGAAAACAACUGGUAAUGCUUCAAGGAAAGCCACGACAGUAACACACAUUUCUACGGAUAGAGAAAAACACCUUAAUCCAGCCGUUCCGUUUACAGCUGGUGAAUCGAUUCAUGAUGAUGAUGUUGAAGGCAUGUCACUUGAUGAAUUCAUUCAUCAUUUACAGCAGAAAGGAAGAAAAGGUUUAUACCAGGAAUAUACUGAAUUAAAGAUGAAGGCGAUGGAAGGAACUUUUGAUGCUGCUAGACUCAAGUCGAAUCAACCAAAAAAUCGGUACUCUGAUGUGCUGUGUUACGACCACUCUCGUGUCAAGAUUUCCUGUCUUGAUGGAGAUCCAUCAUCGAAUUAUCUCAAUGCAAACUUUAUUGAUGGAUAUAAACAGAAAAAUGCUUUCAUAUCUACACAAGGUCCACUGCCAAAAACAUUUUCCCAUUUUUGGCAAAUGAUAUGGGAGCAAGAAGUGUUGGUUAUUGUCAUGACAACUCGUACCAUCGAAAGAAGCAGGGCCAAGUGUGGUCAGUACUGGCCAAAAGAAGAAGAAACGUACACAGAUUAUGGCCCUUUUCGAAUCCACAACAAUGAUGUUGACCAGCACAGAGAUUACACUGUAACAAGUCUAGUUGUCACACACACCUGGAGUGGAUUAUGUCGAGAAGUGUCCCACAUGCAGUUUACAAGCUGGCCAGACUAUGGCGUUCCUCUCUCUGCCUUGGAGAUGUUAGCAUUUCGUGAUAAAGUUCGAGAACAACAAGCACAGUCUCUCUUGUCUCUUGGCUCUCAUUGGCACGGACAUGCACUGGGACCACCAAUUGUAGUGCACUGUAGUGCUGGAAUAGGUAGAACAGGAACUUUUAUCACGUUAGACAUCAGCAUUCAGAGGCUUGAAGCAACUGGACAGAUUGACGUCCAAGGAACAGUUGAAAAAAUACGUUCUCAGCGUGCUUACAGCAUCCAAACACCAGAUCAGUAUGUGUUUUGUCACUUGGCCCUGCUGGAAUUUGCUUUAAGUAGAAAUCUCCUGAAAGAUGUAGAUCUAACAGGAUUUGAUGAAGCUGACUCUGAAUCAGAAUAAGAAACUGAUCCCGAUCAGUUAUAGUUUGGUGACAUUGGUCACUGGAAGUGUUUUCUGUCAAUUAUUUCAGUCUCUUCUGUUCUCUGAGCUAUGUUUUUUACAGCAAAUGACAGGAGGUUAAGUAAACCGUAUCUUUCCUUGGAAAUUUUUUUUAUAAGAAAUUCCAUAUGGCUUUAAAGAUCUGCCCUAGGUUUAUGUUCCUGAACUUGGUGUGUGUGUGGGUUGUAUUGGUUGUCAUCUAGUUGGAUGGCUAUUAAAAUGCAUAACUUUAAAAAAAUUUCUAAUCUGAACACAUUCUUUUAUCACAAAUGUUAUAAAAGAUUGUAAUUGUAUACAUUUUUUAUCAAAGAAAUUAAAGUAAAUGGCUCAUUUAGCUUAAAUGGAGUUUAAACAAAGGUAAUAGUUAAAAGCUAUUUAGAAAUUUUAAACUAUGACAAUAAAGUUGUUUUGAUUAGUAGCCUAUGUAAUUACCUAAGUCUAAGUAUUAAUUAAUUACUAUUUUUGUUUAUUACUAAAUAAUAGUUACUAAUUUUUUUACAUCCUAUCUCUCUACUGCCAUCUUUGGUGAAGUUUGUCAAACUUUGCCACGGCCUGAUUAAAGUUACUCCUAUUUUGCAACACUUUAAACUAUGGCCAUACUAAAGUUAAAACUUUGUCACAUUUUAAACUAUAGCCAUACUAAAGUUAAAACUUUGUCACAUUUUAAACUAUGGCCAUACUAAAGUUAAAACUUUGUCACAUUUUAAACUAUAGCCAUACUAAAGUUAAAACUUUGCCACAUUUUAAACUAUAGCCAUACUAAAGUUAAAACUUUGCCACAUUUUAAACUACAGCUAUACUAAAGUUAAAACUUUGUCACAUUUUAAACUACAGCCAUACUAAAGUUAAAACUUUGUAACAUUUUAAACUAUGGCCAUACUAAAGUUAAAACUUUGCCACAUUUUAAACUAUGACCAUACUAAAGUUAAAACUUUGCCACAUUUUAAACUAUGACCAUACUAAAGUUAAAACUUUGCCACAUUUUAAACUAUGACCAUGAAAAAGUUAAAUUUUUGCCACAUUUUAAACUUUGGCCAAAAAUAGCACAAAAGGAGAGGCUUAAAACUAAAUGUUAUGUGAGCUGGUAAAGUUCUUAUGAUUACAAGUAAGCAGCAGUAUUUGGAAUAUGCUGUAAUUGCAAGUUGCAGUAUUUGAAAGUAUGCACAAAAUGUUUUAUAUCGUAAAACAUAACAACCAUCUAUAUUUGCUUGUUUUUGGUAUUCCAUGUAGAUCCAGCUUGUGCAUGCCACGGCUAGUGAUGAAAACUGUUGUCCAAUAAAGUACUUGUGAAUUCUUUGAUACGUUCCAACUACACUACAACAUUUAAUAUAUAUGUUUCAUGGCUGUAAAUUGAUUGUUCUUCUGCGGAUUAAUGGAUGUAAUGUUUUAAAACCUUGUAGUAAUACUAAUGUAGAAUCGUAGGUAAUGUUCAACAAUUUUCACGGUUCGAAUAACUUUUCCAAGCUUGUAAAAUAUGAAGAAAAUAUUUCAUGUAGUGAAUAAAAGUUUGGUAAUUUCAAGUUUUACACCUCCCGUGUGUAGGCUUAGAACCUAGGACUGUUUGCACCGUGUGAGUGCUCUUCCAACUGUUUCUCUAAUCAACAGAUGUGUUAAUACUCUGACUUUAAUACUAUGGUUUUGAUUUGAUUACAUGUAUUGUGGGUAGUGAUUGUUGGUAUGAUUAUUAUUAAGGAGUCGCUAUUUAAGGCUAAAACCAACACCUUUUUAAUAGGAGUCGCUAUUUAUGGCUAAAACCAACACCUUUUUAUUAGGAGUCUCCAGGUGUUAUGGCAUAAGUCACAUAGUGUGAUUGGUGUGGCUAUUGUUGUGACAGGAAUCACCAGGUGUGGUUAUUUUUGUGGCAGGCAUCACCAUGCAUAAUUAUUGUUGUGGCAGGAAUCACUAGGUUUGGUUGGUUCUGCGGUAGGAAUCACUAGUUGUUGUCGAUGUUUUGGGAGGAAUCACCUGGUGUGGGUAGUAAAUAAAAGUUUAGAAAUACAGGUUUUAAAUUGAUUAUUUAUUUUUCUAAUUUUAUUACAAUGCUUCAAACACUCAUCUGGCCAUCAUCAGGUAAUCGUCGUCUAUUAUGUGAAAUAUUGCAAGAGCAUUUUAUUCCAGUUUAGAAAAUGUAUAAUGUGACACCUGUGUUUUGAUUGAAAUUAGGUUUUAGUUCACAAAUAAUUAAUGCUUCUUUUCUUUUUCUUCUAAUAAUAUUACAUAAUAUUUUAAAGUUGCUAACAAUAAUUGGAUGUUGAUUUGUUGUGCUGUGUUCAUAAAUGUGUGAUGGGGGAGUGUUAUGUUCUUUGAUCCUUAUAUUUAUGUUUCAUUUCAGCUACACGAGUGUUGUUGCAAUGAUUGCAUAGAUACUUCCGUCAUUGAAGUUGUCAGAAUAUAUAUCUUCCUUGGAUGACCUUUGAUUUUAGUGCUCAGUUUUUGAAUAAAAAUAAUUUUACUGUUUAGACUGUACUUUUUUGAUACAUGUUUAUAAUGUCUCUGGUUACACAGCCAUGAUGUGGAAAGACACCUACGUCUGAUUUUGUGCAUUUUGUUUUCCCUCCUCACAACAGGUAUGGGUGAUGUAAAUUGAAUAGAAGUUUUAUCAAUAAUUUGAAAUUAUAAUGUUAGGAGAAUGAAAGGUAGGUUUAUGGUCAUUUAUACAAUUAAUUAGUAUCAAUUUUCAGAUGUUUUAUGUGUAAACAAGUAUCUUAUAAUUAUUUUCCAGAAAUUCAGUAAAAAAAUUCAUAUACCAUUUUUGAUAAAGUAUUACAUUUUUGUAUUCAUGCAUUCCUCACCUAAACAUGUCACAAGUUGUUUUGAAAUCUAUUGUAUGGUUUGAAUUUUUUAUGUAUGUUAAACACUAAUUAUUCUGUGGGCAUAUUUCUCUUAUGCUUGUGAGAUGACUUAGCUACUAUGAUAAAAUUAUAAAAAUCAGCAUUUAUUUAAAAUCUUUGAUGGUUUUAUUACUGACGUUUUUGUGUUGGAUGUUAAACAGUUAUGUACAAAUAACCAUUUUAAAAGAUAGUUUUAUCUUUGUGAGAAAUUUGUAUUUGCAUUUUGUUCAGUCAUCUUUAUUUAUAUAAAUUUUUAAAAAGUCUCGAUUCAUUUUAACUUGAGUUUUAGAUCAAUUUAUUUCCAGCCAUAUUUAUGUAUUACCACGGAAUAGGUUUCCUUUUUUUCCGUGUAGUACAGAAACAGAUAUAUGGAAGUUUCUAUUGUACUUGCUGUUUCUCGUUCAUUAAGUUUAUGUUCUGUUUAAGAAAAUUAACAGUGGGAAAUAUCAAAACUGUAUUAAGUUGGAUUAGUUGGAACAUUGAAUUUUUAUUGUACUGUUAUACCCUUCCUUUGAAGAUGGAAAUUAAAUCUUAAAAUGUAACUUGAACAUUUUCACAUCCCAGUACUUAGUUAGUACUUUAUAUAAUGGGUAUAUUUAGCACUCAAGUUUUCAUCACUUUUUGCUUUCUUCUUAACAAACUAAAAACUCAGCACUAAAAGCUUUGUUGACAGGUAAACAAAUUAGAAGUGGUUAGGUUUUGUGUUUAAAGCUUUGUAUGUGUGCCCACAUCUAUAAUCUUUAUCUUAAGCUAUUCUCUCUCUUUCUGUAAGUAUUAUUUAGUCAUGUCAUUUAAUUUUUUUUUUGUAAAUUUUUGACCAAUAGUAAUAGCGACUAAACCCAUGCACUCUUUCUCUGUGAACUUUGGCAAACUUCAGUACUUGCUAAACCUAUGUUUGAUUUGUUGACAAACACUUGUAGAAGCACAUGUAUUUUGUAAACCAGUGAUCAAGUAACUAAUGAACGUACAAACCUACUUUUGUUAAAGAGUGGUGAAAGUAUCUUAAUUUCUUUAUUGGUACUGUUGUAUCCCAUGCCACCCACCUACCUGCUCCACUCACACAUUUUUACAAACCCUUUUAAAUCACAAUAUUACUUAAAGUUACUACCACUACUACAUGUUUGGAUGUAAUCAAAGAAUGAAACUAACCUUUUAAAGAAAGUCCCACAUCAGCAUGUAGAGCUCAUCUCCUGGUUCUCAUACCAUGCCUUAAGACGAAUGUGCUACACCUAUUUUAUAUACCACAUCCCAUACAUGAAAUGAAUAACACAUCCACAAUGAUUCCCCUUUUGCAGUCAGACUCUCAGUUGAUCAGCCAGUGCUCUUAUUUCAUUUUCCCCAAAGCAAGAAUUCUGUGGACCCUCUUGCCAUUUUUCAGGAUUCAAACCCAACACAUUUUGAAUGGAGUUCUUAUAACCAGAAGCUUUCUUCAUGUGUGCUUUGAUCAGUUUUGUUUGAAGCAGCUGUGAACAGUUUUGUCCUUGUGUUGUCAAUGGCUAUUUGAAUGAAUUGAGACGAGUUGGUUCUGGGACUUCUUCUAGCAUCUUAUAGUUUGAUGUUUUGGAGCAUCACAGAUUUUUUGGUGCAAAUUCCUGGAUGUGUUUUGAGACUUUUCAUGUUCUUUACAUAUAUAUUUUCAUCAGGUUGUCUGCUUUUGGAAUGGCCAAUUCUUAUUUUUAUAAUGACACAGACAAGUUUUUCAGUUCUGUCAGCACAUCCAGUGUUAAAUAAAGGUUUCUGACAAAACUUGCAGAACACAGCUUUGAAUGCAGUCCCUGAAAUUUAACCUGUUCACUUUCAUCUCUUGACCAGUCUGGUGAGGCUUCCUCAAAGUGUUUUGCCAAAUCAAAAUAGGUUUGUCAGACUGUAUUGAUGACUCUCGAUGUUGAAACCACGUACCUUACAUUGAAGACUGCUGAUUUUUGGAAGUGCAAUAUGUAAAUCAUUGACGUGAGCUCUCAAUUCGAAAAUUUUUAGGUGACUGACCGUACAAAGAAUAUUAAGCAUCCAAAAAAGCCUUAAAAUCAUUUGUAUCUCUAGUGACUUCUAGGGCUUUAUCAACAGAUUAGGGAAAUCCUUUUCUAUCAGUUUUUCAAUACCAGCUUUGAAUCCAAACGUGACACCUUCACUAUAAAAGCUAACAAACACUCCAGACAGUAGUGCUAGAGUGAACUCGCAAUGCAGCAAGCAUUCUAAAACUUCCUCUUUAAUGGCUUCCAUGCUUGAACUUCCCAAAUCAAUCAAAUGUUUUAGGUCUGUGAGGCUCUCAUGGUCACUGAAUGGUAGAUUUGUUUUGCCGAUGUAAUAAGUUGUGUAGAAUACAUGAGUAGUAGUUUCAAAUGUCACUUCUUCACUUUUAGCAUUCAGAUUGGGAAGAAUUUCUUUUCUUUUACGCAUUGUUUUAAUUUUUUCAUACUCAGUGUAAACUGCUCACUUCUAUUUUGCAAAAGGAGCAGAAUUCUGUGUCAUUAUUAUCCUUUUCAUAAGAGAAUAUUUCACAUGGGGCUCAGUCUAACGAGAUAUUAAUGACUUACAGAAUGCAGCUUCAAACCAAAAAUGUCACAACAUACUGUACAACCAAGUUUCUCACCAAAAGCAAACAACCAAUAAUUAUUGUUUUUUAACUUCUCAAAUUGCAUUUUUGACCACACAGCAUGUUACUGAGGUUCAGUCUCAGUUUUCUUACCACGUAAUUCAUCAGUCUCCUCUCUUUGGCUCACUUGGUGAAGAUGAAACAGUGUCAGGGGUUUCAUGACUGCUUUAUUUGUAGGUAUUGUUUUUUGAUCAGCAGUUCUCUACAUCCUCAUUUUUAUGUUUAAACAUACCAGUUAAGGUCUGCUGGGGUGGCUUUUCUUUUAUCCUAAAUUUUUCAAAGUGCUAGACUUGACCAGUAAAAAAACAAGCGGUUGCUAUGGCAGCCAUUAACUAACAUUCUAAACCUUGUGAACUGUACCCACCUUACGAAGAGUGAAAACUGAAGUGAAGCAUUUUGUUUUAAGAAAAUGUAAUAUAUAUGUGUUUGUUCAAGUGAUAAAUCUGAAUUUUGUUGUUAAUAGAUUUAAGCCUAACCUACUUACCUACGUGUAUUGCAUACUGUUACCACUUUCUUACUGAUAUGCCAUACCAGACCGUACAGACUUACUUUCACCUCUGUUGUUUCUGCAACUGUUUUUGUACACACUAUUUUUUAACUUGUAUUAACUGUCUGUAAUUUUGUUUUUGUACAGAGUGUUUUGUUAACUUUAAGUUUUUACAGUUGUUGUUUUUGUACAUACUUAUUUGUUAACCUUCAUUAAGUUUCUACAGUUGUUGUUUUUGUACACAAGAUUUUGUUAACUUUCAUUAACUAUCUGUAAUUUUUGUUUAUGUAUACAUUAUUUUGUUAAGUCACAUAAAGUUUCUGUAAUUUUUGUUUAUGUACACAGCAGUGUUUUGUUAAAUUGUAUUAACUGUCUGUAAUUGUUGUUUUUCUACACAUUCUAUUUUUAUGGAAUACUCAUAAGCUCAGCAUUUACUGAACUACAAUAAGUAAAUAUUUAGCAUAAAUAAUUUUACUUCACAGUUCUAAAGAUAAUCACUAAUUAAAAUCCACAGAAACUUGAAUCGUGGAAGUAAAAUGAGCAUUCCAACAGAGGAGUACUGUUUCUUGUGACUUGAACGAACGUACCUGAUGUGUGAAUACAUUCGUAUCAUCAGUAAAGAUCAACACGUGUUAAUAACUGACAGCAUAGACAAAAGACGUGCUGGCUUAAGUAUGGUGUGCCUUCUCAUUAUUCCUUCCAUUUCUAUUCAGAUAUAAAAAUAAAUUAUAAUUUGACGAUGGUUUAGUUUUAUACUCAAUAAAGAAGAAUCUGCAAUACCCAUCUUUCACACAUUAACUUUCUUGAUAGAUUAAUUAGACUUUGUAAAUAAAGUAUAGGUAUAUAGUUGUUGAAUUUCUAUAAUUCAAAUCUCUCAUGACAGUUGUGACUUAUUUAGCUUAUCCUUGACUAAUUCUAUUGUUUGCACAAGUCUAUAGAUAUAAGGAAAGUGGUCUGUUAGAGAUCUUUUAUUUGAAUAGCCAGUGAAAUUUUUGUCACUGUCUUUCUGUAGAAUAACCUUUGUUAGCAAAGCCAGAAAAGGUAGAUUUUCUAUGGAAUAUGCGACUUCGUUUAGGAAAAAUUUUUUAAAGUUUAAUCAGAACAAUUACACGCCCCCAUAAUAUCUGCUCGUAGUAAAUGUCAAUACUAUGUGCUAAACUCCAGCAUUUAUGAUUUUCAAAAAUUGUUUUAGAUAUUAUGUUGUUUUAGGAUUUUUUCAUAACUUUUAUUGUUUCAUAUCAAAUGACAUUUGUAUAACUGUUUCCUUCCUUGCCUAUGUAGCAGUAUAAAAUUAUUCAAUAGCGUAGUUGUAACUUGAAAUUAGUAGUGCAGCAACAGCUCAGAAACUUUUGAAAAACAACAAAUUAUAUGAGAAGUGAUGUUAAUAUGUCGUUGGACUGUACUGACUGAGCAGUCCCCAUGAAAAAAAAACAAAAAACAUAGUUCUGAAAAUCAGUUCUCCAACCUUGCUCGAGCAUGGUGUGAACUCUGGAUAUAUUAAGAUAAUAUCUUCUUAUCCAUAAUUUAUAGAAUUUAAUAAAAUAUUGACUGAUUUGUUUUCCCAUUCUAGAAAUAUUAACCCUAACGUGACAGCUAGCUCGUUAGUUUCUACGUAUUUAAAGCUUUUACUCUGCCUCCUGGCAGUAUAGGUUUUUUAAGAAUAUUAAUUAAUUAUUGUGGUGUUUUAUAUGAUAAAUGUUUUUUAUUCUAGUCUAAUUGUCAUUAGUAGAGGCGUCGCUAGAUGCUUAAAAGAUUCAGGGCUCAGGCCCAUUAUGCCGCCCAUAGGCGCGGGAAUUUUUGGUGUUUUAGUAUAAUAUCGAUCGUGGUUUUCUAUUCUGAUUUUUCAAGACACCAAGAGGGAAAUGGGAAUUCGGAGCACUGUCAAAUAGAAUCAAGGCACGUGCCCCGUAUGCCAAAGCCUAGCGACCCCUCUGGUUAUCAGUAUUGUUAAUUUAACUAAUAAUAACGUAAUGUUGAAGUCCGUCACUUUUGGUUUUGUCUAGUCGUUUAUUUAUUCUUGUUGUUGUCAAGCUAAACUACUGUGUUUCUUUGGAUAUACUGUAUUUCAAUAAACAUUUUUAAAAAGAUA